GCAAACAGAGAGAUGCAUCGGAUUUGCGUCACUAAUCACUCUGAGUAGUUUUAAGUGCUCCGUACUCGCUUCCUCACUCUCUCUCUCUCUACCAAUACAUAUAUCUACAUUUCCCUUUCUCAUUCUGUAUAGAUUCAUUUUCCUGUUUUUUUGUGGUUGAUUUUUGCCGGAAAUAUUUUGAAUUCACUUAGGACGAUGAAUCGGAGUAGCGAUCCAAAUCCAUUUGAUGAAGAAGAGCAAGAAGUCAAUCCGUUUUCGAAGGGUAAUGCUGCUCCUGGAUCAAAGUCGCGUGUUCCUCAAUUUGUCAGCAAUACUCUGGGUUUUGGCCCAAAACAUGACGCGACUGUUGAUAUACCCUUGGACUCAAUGAAUCAGGAUUCAAAGAAAAAACAGAAGGAGCUUGCUGAUUGGGAAGCAGAUAUUAAAAGGAGGGAAAGGGAUAUCAAACGCAGAGAAGAUGCUGUUGCCAGUGCUGGUGUCCCCGCUGAUGACAGAAAUUGGCCUCCCUUUUUUCCUAUUAUUCAUCAUGAUAUAGCCAAUGAAAUCCCUGUUCAUGCUCAGAGGUUGCAGUAUUUAGCUUUUGCUAGUUGGUUAGGUAUGUUCUUUUUAUUGUUUGAUAGUUGUUGCACAAUGAUUUUUUCUGAUCUUUGAUUGCAUGAUUUACACUUCUGGUUGGUUUUAAUCCUUGUCUAGCCAAAUAGGUGGAACACAAAAGUUCUUAAAGUGAAGGAGCAUAAAUAUUGCAGAUUUUCUUUUCUAUUAUUUGGAUAAGACAGAAAUCAAACAAGUACAAUCAUGUUGGUUUAAGAAAUGUUGUCAAGAGGGGAAGAAAAACAGGAUGAGGUGUAAACAAAAGUUAUAAAUAUUGGUUACAUCCCUCGACAUUUGUUCACAAGAUGCUUGGGGAAAAAUAACCACUUGCAAGCUCUAUGGCAGAUCAACAGGCAUAGCUUGAUAUCUCUAUUUGUUUUUUUAGUUUAUGCUUUUGGUCUUCACUUUCCACAGGAAGGGGAAAAAUUGGCUCCUUUGUUUUUCAUAAAGUUUAUGAAUCCCUUACUUUUUGAAUGUUUAGUUAUAGUUUCACUUCAGCUCCAACAUGUUCUGAUUGCAAUUGGUCUAUUAUGACAAUAGCAUUUCUUUAGCAAUUAUACAAAUAUUUCAGUCUCACAUAUGAAUGCUG